AGUGAGAAGGGCCCAGGGAGUCCCUCGUCUUGACCAGUACACCUGGAGAGCCUUAUUAGCUGGGAGCACAUACAUUUUGCUUUUGCAAAAAAUACUAUAAAAAGGACAACACUAGAUAAUUUCCGUGAUUAAUUGUAAAAAUAAACUUUAACUAAAAAAACAUUAACACUCAACUUGCAAAUGAGGGCUAAUGCAACAAUAGCUCUGCAUGCUAAUGUUAGCAUUGUUGUGAGCAACUUGCUAGCGUUAGCACCAACUUUAUGUACAGGAAAUGUAGCAUAAUAUACUGCAAUAAAUCUUGAAUGAUACCAGAGAAUAAGACCUCUUUGCGUACUAUAGCAUUUACAAGUAAUUUUAAAUUGACAAGUAUCAGUAAAAGUCGUUUAAAGUAUUAGUUCUUCUUACCUCAAAACAACACCACCGUGCUUUUCUGAACCUCAGUACACAGCAUUAGGGAGUCAAAACAUGGACAGCAGGCUGGCCAAUGAUUGGAUAGCUUUACAAAGGCGGGCUAUACUUGAGGUCUCCACCAAUCACAGGAGCGAUGUGAAAUGCAUUGUGGGUAUACUACAGAAGAUGGAAGUAGCCGGUUGCCAGUGGUGUUGGUGAAGCAGCAGCAGAAGCCGAUAUGUUACUUCUCAGCCACUGUGGUUAUUUGACAAAAGCUUCUGAUAAAGACUAAUUAUUAGUACACGAUGGAAGCAGAGGCUCCAACCCACAGUGAAAGAAGUGAAGACACCACACCGAGCACAUCAAGUACAUCAGGUCAAGGAGAAGACGGACCAAAGACCAAGAAGGCAUCUCUGAAGAGGACCACUAGUAAACCUACAAAUGCAAAGGCCAAGAAGCGUAAAAAGGCCAGAGUCUCCCGGCCUGUCCCGCUGGGCUACACCGUGCAUCAAGGGGAGGAUAUGCUUCUGGUCAUAUCCAGUUCCACUUCUCAGUACGACGGCUCGGCUUGGACCCCCCAAAAGAAGGGAAGCAAAAAAAAGAAGCUGACUAAAGGAAAAAGAAAAGCUAGUCAGAUUAAGAAAAAAAAGACAGUCCGUCCCAAACCUAAAGUGGCAAAUAAUCCUGUUGUGAAGGAAAAAGAGGACACUAAUCUGUUUGUACCACAGAAAACAACAGACCACAGAUGGGGUCAGAGUCUCCCUGAGGAGGUGCUAGUCAGUAUUUUUCAGAUGGUGGUGGUCCAGGAUGGCGCUGUACCAUUUCUAUGCAGGGUGGGACGAGUUUGUCGUUUGUGGAACGCUGCUGCCUCCAGUCCGGUCCUGUGGCGUAAAGUUACUGUGGGUCACUGCUGGAUUGCACCAGGGAAAACCCAGCUACCUAAAACUGAGAUGAAGAUUAAGGAGACUUUUGACUGGAUGGCACAGAACAGAUUCUCUCAGCUACGAAACUUCUCUCUCUGUCACUGGAAAAAGAAUGUCACCUAUGCAGUGGAGGCUGUGUCGCAGUUUUGCCCCCAACUCCGCUCCCUCAAGAUCUCCUACUGUACAGGCCUGGCAGUGACAGCCUUCCACAGCCUCGGUCUGCACAGCCAGUCUCUGCAGGGCAUAGAUCUGCAGUACUCAGAGUUUCAGGUUGAGGGGCUCCUGGAGUAUCUUGAAAAUCAUGGGAGCCAGAUCAAGCAGAUUCUGUUCACUCAUGGAAUAAAGAAUGACAGACUUCUGUCAGCGAUCACCAAGGGGAGCUGUCCUGAUUUGGAGUUGUUGGAAGUCAACACAAAGCUAGACAGUAAAGAUUGUGAACUUCCAAUUUUCAUCCACGCACUACAAAUGGCAUGCCCUAAACUCAAGACCUUCCGGAUGCUGAAUGUGAGGCCCCUGCAUAAGACGAUGCGUAAUAGUGCAGAUUCAACAUUAGGCUUCCCGUUACUGGAGGAGCUGUGUAUCGCUACCACCUCUUAUUCCUACAUGACUGAUAAAGAUUUGUGGGACAUCCUGUUUGGCUCCACCAGGCUGCGGGUGCUGGACCUGCGAGGCUGUUCACGAAUCACACCAUCCGGUCUCUCAUCACUACCCUGUCUUGAACUGGAGUGUCUGUUCUGGGGACAGUAUUUCUGCAGCAAUGUUGGGUUAUCAUCACCGAAGAAGGAGCUUCACAUGGUCACCCAGAAAUGGAGUCGAACACUGCAACAGCUUGACAUUGCAAAUCAGCUCUUCUCCGAGGAGGACCUGGAGAUAGCCAUGAGUCACCUCGCUCAGGCCUCACAGGCAGAUACCCUCCAUUCACUGAACCUGAGUGGGACCAGGAUCACACCACCUGCCCUCAGGCUUGUCGUCGGCCAAACGACGGCUCUUGGCUACCUUAACCUUUCAUCCUGCCGCUAUCUUCCAAGAGGAAUAAAGAGAAUUUACCGUGGCCAAGAAGACAUUCGCCAGCUGCUGGACAAACUGUAGUGGUUUUCACAUUUAUUCGGGUUUCAAAAAUCAGAAUCCGAAAGGCUUAUUUCAAUGUCUUAAAAACACACUUCCUCAUGGAUUGUUUUUUAAGGAAUGUCGUCAAUAACUGUUUGAUAUUAAAUAUAAAACUUUAAAGUUUGUAAUACUGUCCUUCCACUAGAGGGUGCUGCACUUUUAAGCUUAAUUUACAGAAUGACCAAAUGCUUUCUUGCUGCAUUCACAUAUUUGUUACGGAUAUACAUUUAAGUGUUUCCAAUUGAGACAUAUUUCACACUCUUGUUUGAAAUAAAACAUGUUUUUCAUUGUA